UCGGUUUAUAGAUGAUUAAAACUGGCUGACUCGGUACAUAUGUCUUCAGGGUUAUGAUAAAAAAAAUGGUCAUAUUCCUGUAAAGUAUAAUAUACAAAGAAUCAUACUUUAUAAUCAGUGUGACUCGAGCGCUGAUGUCGCCGCUCACGCAUGCGCGCUGCUGGUCAUCCGUGACUAGACAUUCGGUCAUAGAAGCGGUGGAGGGGGCGCUCGAGCCACGUCGGUGAAACAAAUCAACGCUUGAAGGCAGAUUUCAAAAGAGGGUCCCUGCUGCUCAGCCAGGAGCGGGAGAUCCAGGGCGAUGUCCACCCCAGAUCCCCCCAUGGGAGGCACCCCUCGCCCAGGUACUUCCCCUGGUCCUGGUCCCUCCCCUGGGGCAAUGAUUGGCCCGAGCCCUGGGCCCUCCCCGGGCUCCUCUCACAGUAUGAUGGGCCCUAGCCCUGGCCCUCCCUCCUCUGGACACUCUCAGCCUGGACCCUCUGGUUAUGGCCAGGAGAGCAUGCACCCACUGCACAAACCCAUGGAGAGCAUGCAUGAGAAGAGCCUGAGUGAGGAGAGCCGCUUCAGUCAGAUGAAGGGACUGUCCAUGAGACAGGGCGGGCACAGCGGCAUGGGCCCCCCGCCAAGUCCUCUAGACCAACACUCGCAAGGUUACCACUCUCCUCUUGGUGGCUCCGACCACUCCAGCCCUGUCCCUUCAAAUGGUCCUCCCUCUGGACCUCUCAUGCCUUCCUCCUCCUCUUCCUCCUCCUCUGGUGGUCCUGGCUCUACCUCAGCACCAUUAGACGGCCCCAGUGGAGAUCAACACACUCUGGGUCCCAAUAACCGCCCUGGCCCCCCGGGAGGCUCAGGCCCAGGCCCCAGUCCUGGACCCAGUCUUGGCUCAAGCGUCCCCAGCCUUGGAUCUGGGCUUGAACCUGUGGGACCUGCAGGCCCUGGAGGUCCUGGUGGCCCCACUCCCUUUAACCAGAACCAGCUUCACCAACUCAGAGCCCAGAUCAUGGCUUAUAAGAUGCUGGCCCGGGGUCAGCCCCUGCCGGACCACCUCCAGAUGGCUGUCCAGGGGAAAAGGCCGAUGCCUGGGAUGCAGCAGCAGCCGAUGCCCAGCCUGGGCCCAGGAGCUGGAGGCGGGCCGGGUGUUGGACCAGCAGGACCCGGACCUGGUCCAAUGGUCUCAGGCUACGGUCGAGCUCAUGGAAUGAUGGGUCCCAACAUGCCUCCUCCUGGCCCAUCCGGUACUCCAGUUGGGAUGCAGGGACCAAACCCAAAUGGACCUCCCAAGUCCUGGCCUGAAGGUCCUAUGGUGAAUGCAGCAGCCCCCUCCAACGCACCCCAAAAGCUGAUUCCCCCUCAGCCCACCGGCCGGCCCUCUCCCGCCCCUCCAUCAGUUCCCCCUGCUGCCUCCCCAGUGAUGCCUCCUCAGACCCAGUCCCCCGGACAGCCGGCACAGCCUACUCCCAUGAUGCCUUACCACGCCAAGCAGAACCGCAUUACCCCCAUCCAGAAGCCCUGCGGCCUCGACCCAGUGGAGAUCCUGCAGGAGAGGGAGUACAGGUUACAGGCUCGUAUCACUCAUCGCAUCGCAGAACUGGAGAACCUGCCGGGCUCCCUGGCGGGUGAUUUACGUACCAAAGCUACCAUAGAGCUCAAAGCCCUGCGACUGCUUAACUUCCAGAGACAGCUGCGUCAAGAAGUGGUGGUGUGUAUGCGUCGUGACACAGCUCUAGAGACGGCGCUUGAUGCCAAGGCCUACAAGCGGAGCAAGCGUCAGUCUCUGCGGGAGGCCCGCAUCACAGAGAAGCUGGAGAAACAGCAGAAGAUUGAGCAGGAGCGCAAACGCAGGCAGAAACAUCAGGAGUACCUCAACAGCAUCCUUCAACACGCCAAAGACUUCAAAGAGUACCACCGCUCCAUCACGGGCAAAAUGCAGAAACUGACCAAAGCUGUGGCCACUUACCACGCCAACACCGAGCGCGAGCAGAAGAAAGAGAACGAGCGGAUUGAGAAAGAGAGGAUGAGGAGGCUCAUGGCUGAGGAUGAGGAGGGCUAUCGUAAACUGAUCGACCAGAAGAAGGAUAAGCGUCUGGCCUACCUGCUGCAGCAAACUGACGAGUACGUCGCCAACCUCACCGAGCUGGUCAGAGCUCACAAAGCUGCACAGGCGCUCAAGGAGAAGAAGAAGAAGAAGAAGAGAAAGAAGAAGUUGGAGAAUGCUGAAAGUCAGACUCCUGCGUUGGGUCCAGAUGGAGAGCCUCUGGAUGAGACGAGUCAGAUGAGCGACCUGCCUGUGAAGGUCAUCCAUGUGGACAGUGGGAACAUCCUGACAGGAGUUGAUGCUCCUAGAGCUGGACAGCUGGACACAUGGCUGGAGAUGAACCCAGGUUACGAGGUGGCGCCCCGCUCAGACAGUGAAGACAGUGAGGAGGAGGAAGAGGAGGAGGAGGAAGAGGAGGAGCCUCAGCCAUCCACUGCUCUGGUGGAUGACAAGAAGAAGAUAACAGACCCUGACUGUGAAGACGUGUCGGAGGUGGAUGUCCGACAUAUUAUUGAAAAUGCGAAACAGGAUGUGGAUGAUGAGUACAUGGGUGCAGCGUUUGCUCGGGGCCUGCAGUCUUACUAUGCGGUGGCUCACGCUGUCACAGAGAGGGUGGACAAACAGUCCAGUUUGUUAAUAAAUGGACAACUCAAGCAGUAUCAGAUUAAAGGUCUGGAGUGGCUGGUUUCCCUCUACAACAAUAAUCUGAACGGGAUCCUUGCUGACGAGAUGGGUUUGGGAAAAACCAUCCAGACGAUCGCCCUCAUCACGUACCUCAUGGAGCUCAAACGUCUUAAUGGACCCUACCUCAUCAUCGUACCGCUCUCAACUCUUUCUAACUGGGUGUACGAGUUCGACAAGUGGGCACCCACAGUUGUGAAAGUGUCCUACAAGGGUUCUCCUGCCGCCAGAAGAGCUUUCGUCCCCCAGCUGCGCAGUGGAAAGUUUAACGUCCUUCUCACCACUUACGAGUACAUCAUCAAGGACAAACAAGUGCUGGCCAAGAUCCGCUGGAAGUACAUGAUCGUGGACGAGGGCCACCGUAUGAAGAACCACCACUGUAAGCUGACCCAGGUCCUGAACACCCACUACCUGGCCCCGCGGCGAGUCCUGCUGACGGGGACGCCGCUGCAGAACAAACUGCCUGAGCUCUGGGCGCUGCUCAACUUCCUCCUGCCCACCAUCUUCAAGAGCUGCAGCACCUUCGAGCAGUGGUUCAACGCUCCGUUUGCCAUGACCGGAGAGAAGGUUGACCUAAAUGAAGAGGAGACCAUUUUGAUUAUCCGUCGUCUCCAUAAAGUGCUACGUCCCUUCCUGUUGCGCAGGCUGAAGAAGGAAGUGGAGGCACAGCUUCCAGAGAAGGUGGAAUAUGUGAUCAAGUGUGACAUGUCGUCUCUUCAGAGGGUGCUGUACAGACACAUGCAGGCCAAAGGAGUCCUGCUCACUGAUGGAUCAGAGAAGGACAAGAAGGGUAAAGGAGGCACAAAGACGCUGAUGAACACCAUCAUGCAGCUGAGGAAGAUCUGCAACCACCCUUACAUGUUCCAACAAAUAGAGGAAUCUUUCUCUGAACAUUUAGGAUUCUCUGGUGGGAUAGUAACGGGUCCCGACCUGUAUCGAGCAUCGGGGAAGUUUGAGGUGUUGGAUCGAAUCCUGCCAAAGCUGAGAGUCACAAACCACAAAGUGCUGCUGUUCUGUCAGAUGACAUCACUCAUGACCAUUAUGGAGGAUUACUUUGCCUAUCGCAGCUUCAAGUAUCUGCGUCUGGAUGGCACUACGAAGGCCGAGGACAGAGGGAUGUUACUGAAGACAUUUAAUGAGCCGGGGUCGGAAUACUUUAUCUUCCUCCUGAGCACCAGAGCUGGUGGCCUGGGACUCAACCUGCAGUCUGCAGACACUGUGGUCAUCUUUGACUCUGACUGGAACCCUCAUCAGGACCUUCAGGCUCAGGAUCGAGCCCACCGUAUCGGUCAACAGAACGAGGUGCGCGUGCUGCGUCUGUGCACCAUCAACAGUGUUGAGGAGAAAAUCUUGGCCGCUGCUAAGUACAAACUAAAUGUGGACCAGAAGGUCAUCCAGGCCGGCAUGUUUGACCAAAAGUCCUCCAGCCACGAGCGCAGGGCCUUCCUGCAAGCCAUCCUGGAGCACGAGGAGCAAGACGAGGUCUGGGGACAGGAAGUGUGUCUGCGGAUCAACGAAGAGGACGAGGUGCCCGAUGACGAGACGGUCAACCAGAUGAUUGCAAGGAGUGAGGAGGAGUUUGACCAAUUCAUGCGAAUGGACCUGGACCGGCGUCGUGAGGACGCCCGAAAUCCCCGGAGAAAGCCUCGACUGAUGGAGGAGGACGAGCUGCCCACCUGGAUCAUGAAGGACGACGCCGAGGUGGAACGGUUAACCUGCGAGGAGGAGGAGGAGAAAAUGUUUGGACGAGGAUCCAGGCAGCGGAAAGAGGUGGACUACAGCGAUUCUCUGACCGAGAAGCAGUGGCUCAAGGUGAGUUCAUAUCUACAGAUUGACAUCAAAAUUAAAACUUUAAAUACAAGUCUAGGCAUUAAAGGGUUCUUAGUGUCACAUGUAUCUAUGUCAUUGCAGGCGAUAGAGGAGGGCACGCUGGAGGAGGUGGAGGAAGAGGUGCGUCACAAAAAGACGACCCGUAAGAGGAAGCGGGACCGCGACCUGGACCUCCCUGGUCCCUCCUCUUCUUCCCUAGGGGGGCGAGGGCGGGGGGACAAAGAUGAAGAUGGAAAAAGGCAGAGAAAGAGAGGACGACCACCCGCUGAGAAACUUUCUCCCAACCCGCCCGCCCUCACAAAGAAGAUGAGGAAGAUCGUGGACGCCGUCAUCAAGUAUAAAGACAGCACCAGCGGGCGUCAGCUCAGCGAGGUGUUCAUCCAGCUGCCGUCUCGAAAAGAGCUGCCUGAGUACUACGAGCUGAUCCGCAAGCCGGUGGACUUCAGGAAGAUCAAGGAGAGGAUUCGUGGUCAUCGCUACCGCAGUCUGGGCGACCUGGAGAGAGACGUCAUGCUGCUCUUCCAAAACGCUCAGACCUUCAACCUGGAGGGGUCGCUGAUAUAUGAAGACUCCAUCGUCCUCCAGUCAGUGUUCACCAGUUUGAGGCAAAAGAUCGAGAAGGAGGAGGAGAGUGAGGGAGAGGACAGUGAGGAAGAGGAAGAGGAACUGGAUGAAGGAUCAGAGUCUGAAACUCGCUCAGUGAAAGUGAAGAUCCGUCUGGGAAGGAAGGACAAAGGUGGAGAUCGUGGGAAGGGUCGCAGCAGACGAAUGGGACGCACCAGAGCCAAGCCUGUAGUUAGUGACGAUGACUCGGAGGACGAGCAGGAAGAGGAGCGCUCCCCCAGUGCCACAGAUGACGAGUCCUGAACCGAGCUGUUUGGUGGGAGAUAAAGGAGCAUGAAGCACCGCAUCUACAGUAGAAAAAAAAAAAAACACUCCUCCAUCAACUCCAUCCACCCUCAGUCAGGUGUUCACAGGGCUGGAGAAAUAGAGGAGAGGGUUUGCCAUGCAGGAACAGGACACGUCUGAUCGUUUAAAUCAGUUGAGAAGACGUCACAUGGAGUAACAUUAAUGAUUCAUUUUUGCGUCGCUGCAUUUUACUGUAAUUGUUUGUUUGCUGAGAAAGAGGAUCAAAUUAGCUUUAACUCUUUUGUUUGCACUUUCAGGAGGGUUUUGAAACGUUCUGGAAAUGUUGCCCGUGUGCAGGUGUUAAAAUGUUACUUUGACAAAAACACCUAAUGGUCAUUCUGAUGAUAACUAAGAAAAGAACCAAUAGGGAGCUCUGACUUUGCGCUCUGGACCGCACACAGUCUAAACACACUUUAUAUCUCGGUUCAGACUGUCAGUUUGAGGCGAGAUGUUCACGCCUCUGUAACACCUCUCCUUCACUGUGAACUCACAGAGGCAUAAUGGGAGGACAAAGUUAUCCCUCCUCUGUGCCACCGUCUGAGGUCGAAACAGA